GCGUGUUUGGGAAAUGGGGCAACGCAGACAAGUCGAAUGUGGAGGAGCCAAGGGCAAGAAGGGCAAGAAGGGCAGCAUGCGCUUGCUGUGGCUGCUGCUGACGGGUGUCCUUGUCUCGCUCAGCGGUCUCUGCGAAGGCGGACGCGUGAGCCUGCGGGUGGAAAAGGUCGAGCACAGGCUCGCGUUGAAUUUGCAGUUCGCCGAAGCGAGGACCGCACGCUUGGAGUUCGAAAUCCAGGGACGCUCUGAAACCCUCCAGUUUCCUUCUGAACAACAAAACCCUGGAACGUGGGGUGUGCUAUGGCAAUCCUUUGUGGCAGACGACUUUGAACGCAACGAGAAGCUGGAACUCGACGUCCUUUAUUUUGGGACAUACCGAGCCGAUAACACGCGGCUGGACUUUCCUCGAAGCUGUGACCCGCAGCAGGAGACAGCUGUUACACACACCCAAAGUCGCAGAACCCGAAUCACCUUCACUGUCGAAUACACGCCAAUCAAUCUCUGCAACAGCAGCGCCUGUAACGGCGGCGCAUGCACGUGCCAGGGCGACCGGGACUUCUUGUGCGACUGUGCCUAUGGUGCUGCUUUUGAGGAUGCACAGUGCUACAGUGGCGACUUUCAGUGCUCAGGCCCAUCGUGCCCCAGCACCAGUCCUUGCGAAGCAUUGUCAAAUCCUUGCAACAAUGGCUGCCACUGCAUUGCUACAGAUGUGGAUGCCUUCGACUGCGUGCAGCUGAAAACUUGCCCGUCCAGCCCCUGUACGAUAGACAAUGGCGGGUGUGGCGCACAUUCCACCUGCACAGCGAUUAGCAAAGAUCACGUCAUGUGCACAUGUAUGCAGGGCUACGUGUCACAGAACGGAGACGGCACCGACUGCGUUGAAAUCACAACAACAACAACAACAACAACAACAACAACAACAACAACAACUACAACUACAACUACAACAACAACAACAACAACUACUACAACAACUACAACAACAACAACAACAACAACAACUACAACAACAACUACAACAACAACAACUACAACAACUACAACAACAACUACAACAACAACAACUACAACAACAACUACAACAACCACGAGUGUGACGAUGACUACCACUGCCACGACGACGACGACGAUGACAACAACAACAACAACAUUAUCGUCCUCAUCAUCCGCAACAACAACAACUACAACAACCAUGACAGUGACUGCAAGUGCUACCACUGCGACUGUCACGCCACGACCACCACGACCCUCGCGAUUACCACCUUCGUUAUCCACAAGCACGACGACCUCCUUUGCCGCCGUCAUGCCCGGUGCAACAACCGUCUCGCCAUCCACCUCCGCUGCGUCCACCACGACGAUUGGCGUUGCGGCGGGCGCUGUGGGCGGUGUCAUACUGCUGGUUGCAGUCAUGCUGUUGUUAGUACGACGGAGACGGCGCGGAGGGAACCCACACGCAGAUGGUAAGAAGGCAGCAGAUGCACACGUGGCGGCGCCGUACGACGGUGAUGACGCUGCUGUCUGCGACCGCAUUGGCCCCGUGGUGAAUCCUGCCUUCAUGCUCAACGACACGGGCCGUAACGGGCACACCACUGACAACAGCAACACCAACACCAACAGCAACAACAGCAACAACAACAGUAGCAUGGGCGCCAGUACCAGCGAUCGCAAUGCGCCUGCACGCCACCACCCGCGGGACGCGUGGGGCGACAGUGGCGUUAGUGGUGCCGGUGAAGCCGGGCUGUUGCACGGUGGCCGGCGCCCGGACAGCAGCAACAGCAACAGCAACAGCAACAGCGAAGCGUUUGGGGAGAGUGGGGCGCCACUGUGGUUACCUCAUGGUGAUACUGGUGUUGGAAAUGGCACCACCCGCCAUCAUCGUGGUGGCGGCCGUGCUGUAUCGCCAUCUCACGCGUACGAGAACAUGGAUGCGGUCAUGAUGGGUAACAGCACAGACCACCAACCGCAACAGCCGUUCGUGGCACCUACCUACGAUCGGCUGGACACGUGCACGACACACCAGCAGCAGCAGCAGCAGCAGCAUCAACAGCAGCAACAGCAGCAUCAUUGGGGUGGCUCACAAGAGUUUGGUGAUGAGGCAGAGUACGAUGUGCUGUCGGGACCACACCAGCGCGCGCCUACCGGUGCUCGUGGCGGGAAGCACGUCUACCACCACCUCGGCAUGAGGCCAACCGAGGCAGCGAUGAUUGCUGACAUUCAAGCAGCCAGUACGCAUCACCAUCAACAGCAGCAACAGCAGCAACAGCCCGAGUACAGCGUGCUGUCUGGUCCUCACUCCCGUCCAUUUGCCAGCGACGUUGGAGCGUCCUAUGAUCACCUCGAUCGCUCCAGCGAACAGCCCGAGUACAGCGUGCUGUCUGGUCCUCACCAGCGCGCACUUGCUCCCGGCUCUAGCAGCACACGGUCGCAGCGAGAUAGCAGCGCUGCACCGAGCCAGUCCUUCCCGGGCAAUACGUACGACCAACUCCACCGCACGUGGGCGACAGCAGCAGGACUGCCGCCGCCGCCAGAAUACGCGAUGCCGCUUGACCCGCACGAUUCAGCGCACGUGGGCGGGGUCUCCAUUGAUGCCAUCUACAGCUCAGUGCAGGACGAUGUGGUGGCUUAG